AUGUCAAGCCUUCUUUCUAACGCGACUUUUCUGAAUGAGGCGGACCAACUCAGCCGGGCAUUGGUGGUACUGCGAACGGCGUAUAUCACCGUAACGAGCCUCACCAUCAUCUGCUUGAAUAGCAUGACCAUCGCCGUCAUGCUGAGGAUAAGAGGGGAGUUCCCACCAGGUUCCACCAAAGUUGCCAUGACAUCGCUCGCCAUUUCAGAUCUAGGGGUUGGGAUCAUGUGCGUUUUCUGUAUCCCACUAUCGGCCUUGGACAGGUGGCCCUUUGAGGUAAUGUGGCCAUGCACAGUGAUGUGCUCUGUGAUCGUUCUACUUGGUGGUAUCUCCGUUUUCAAUCUACUGACACUCUCCAUUGACCGCCUGGUUGCGAUCUCCAAACCUUUACUUUAUCCAACUCUACUACCACAGAAACGCACGCUAUUCUUCACCAUAUUCGGAUGGGUAAAUUCAACUGUACUUGUAGUACUAGUCAUGGCGGCAGUGCAACCCAUCGUGGAAUAUAACCAUGACGCAGUCAUGUGUGAGAUGAAGUACAGCAAAGCAAGUUUGUACAUGGACGUUAUUUUUUUCUGCGUUAUUUUCAUGUUCGCUGUGGUUGUCAUGAUUGGUAUCUACUUGAAACUCAUCCACAUCAGUCACGUGCAGGCUAAGAAAAUUAACAUGCUUUCCAAUGCUGGCCCGAGGCGGGAACCAGGCAACCCUGGUGCAGUUGGGAGCGGUAAGGCAGUCAAGUUACUCCUCGUAAUUGUCGUGACGUACACAAUUAGCUGGCUUCCGUUUUGCUCUGUCAGGAUUUACGGCGAUCGGAACCCAGAUGGGGUACCGGGUUGGUUGGAGUUCGUAUCCGUCUGGCUAGCCAUUAAUAAUAGCUGGUGUAAUUUCGUUGUAUAUAUUGGAAUGAACAAAACAUUCCGAAGUAUGUGUUUGGAAACUCUAAGAGAACUAAUCAAACACUGCAGAAGAAACUGA